CUCCAUGUGCUCCAGCUUCCGCAUUGCGAUCGCCCUCGAAUCCCUCUGUUCGACCCACGUGUGUCCUGUCAUAGACUAAUUAUACCACGUCUUUCAAAGUAGAAGAGCCUGGGGUCCCUCCACAGCUCUCGUACUCGCCAGCUCUUACCUGGACGCUCGCCGGAAUGCACGGGUUCAGCAUCAUCCGCUUCAUCACCAUAUGUUGGUGCGCUUCAGCGGCCCUGUCUGCGGAGAACAUAGUCUCGACGAACGACGACGGUUGGGCUGUAGCGCAGAUCCGCGCACUGUACACAGAUCUGACUGCCGCAGGCUUCGACGUCAUUGUAUCGGCACCCGCAGAGAACGAGUCUGGCACAGGCUCUAGCACAGAAACCCCGGAGCCCCUCACCGAACCUUGCGAAUACGACUCAUGUCCUACCGGGUCGCCCGCUGAGGGAUACAAUUCCAGUGAUACUCAUCUCAACUACGUGAACGCUUAUCCUGUAGAUGCAGUUCAGUACGGUAUCCAGACUCUGGCACCGGAAUUCUUCUCAGGUUCGGCGCCCGACUUCGUCACCAGCGGACCAAACAUUGGAAACAACCUCGGGCUCGCCGUACUCCUCUCUGGCACUGUCGGCGCAGCAUGUGAGGCAGCAAAGGAAGGCGUACCAGCAACCGCGUUCUCCGGAGAUUCCGGCUCCGAGGUCUCCUACACCACUCUCGAGAGCGACCCGACCGCGUCGUCAACCGAGGCCGCUUGGAUCUACUCCGCGCUGACCGUUCACUACACACAAGCGCUCUUCGCCGUCGGCAGCGACCCGCUCCUCCCGCCGGGCAUCAUCGUCUCCGUGAACUACCCGUCCAUCGACAACUGCUCCGACGCGAGCGAUUACCAGUGGGUGCUGUCCAGGAACCUGUGGGACCCCUUGGCCUCGGACUUCGCGGCGUGCUCUGAGGACGGAUCGGUCUUGCCGACGGAGAGCGAUGUGGUGGGCACGGCGGGGUGCUAUAACAGCGUGACGGUCCUCAAUGCUACUACGAAGACGGACGUGGAUUCGACUUUACAAGGAGAGGUGUAUAGCAGGCUGCGCGAGCUGCCUUUUACCUGUUUGCCGAGUUCAUAAUUCUCGCAGGAAGCUUGUACUUGGUAGCGACCUAUACAAAGUCUCCGCAAUAAGUUACUUCGAGUAGAGAAAGUCGGGUAGCAUCGUGGAAUUCGCUGUAGCGAUUUAUCUGUUUCGAAUGGCGCUGGCCUGCGAUCCUAGAUUCUGUACGUCAUGUCGACAGUUUAGACUACGUGCCGGGGCCACAUGUACGAUGGUACGUAAAGUUCUGUACUCGCCGUUGGGG